UUCCUACUCUCCCCGACCACGGGCAUCCCGUUGUUUCUCCCAGAGAUGUUAAGAGAGCUCCAGGAUCGUUGCUCAUUCUGACGCCGUGCCUACCUACCCCUCACUAAGGAAGUACAGCUCCCCUGUAAUGGCAAGGCACGCUGCAGUGGUGACAUCCUUUCGAAUAUCAAUUGGCGACUUCCUCAUCCUACAAUCGUUCUAUGCAGCUCGCGACCUUCGUUUCUUCUUCCACCGUGUUUUUCAUGAACAUCAGCUGCUUUCACUCCAUCACCUAUCCAGGCGAGCCGUCAUGACGGCUUGUCAGCCUCAAAGACAGUGACAGACCAUCAGACGCCGUGGGAGCACAGCGGCAGAGAUGGUGAUCUCCAACGUCCCAGAAUGCGAUAUAUAGAGCCGCCGAUAUCCCAAUUCCUGACCUCCCCGUGCUCUAUCCCUAUCACUAAGCCAAUCUUCAGCGACCUCAGAUCAUUAUGCUUCUCAAGGCUCUCGCAUUCGCUGCUGCUGUCGCCCCGGCCCUUGCUACCGACAAUGACAAGGUCUACAAACACGUUGUAACUUUCAGCGUUGACGGUCUCCACGGCAGCGAUGUUGAGAAGUACGUCGCCAAGAGACCAGACUCCACCAUUGCGACCCUGUUGAAGACAGCAUAUGAGUAUACCGACUGCUAUACCAGUGCACCUUCUGACUCGUAUCCUGGCGUCGCCGCCUUCGUGUCUGGCGCUGAUCCCAGAACCACCGGUAUCUGGUACGAUGAUACUUAUGAUCGGUCCUUCUGGUCUCCAUACUCCACCACUGGUACCAACUGCAGCGGACCACCAGGCGCUGAAGUGACUUACGAUGAAACCAAGGACUAUGACUCCACGAAGGUCUGGUCAGGAGGUAUCGAUCCUGCCAACUUGCCCCAGUCUAUUAUUGGCAGAAAGUGCACAUGGACAUAUCCUCAUCAGAGAAUCCGCGUCAACACUAUUUACGAGAUUGUCGAGGCAUCCGGCAAGCAGACUGCCUAUACUGAUAAGCACCCUGCUUACGACAUGGUCCGUGGUCCAUCUGGGAAGGGUCUCAGUGUUGGAUAUUUCCCAGAAAUCCAAGCUUUCGACACUACCAACCUCACUCAAAUCAUCGGAUAUGAUCAAAUGCACGUCAAUUCUUGGCUUGCUUGGAUCAACGGUACUAGUCUCGUCAACUCCGAGGUCCAGGACCCUCUUACUGGUAUCCCAACUCUUUUCGGCGGUAACUUUCAAGCUGUGUCCGUUGGUCAGAAGACUUAUGGAUACGUUGCUGGCAGCCUCGACUUCACACCCGAACUCCUCAGGGCUCUCGACUUUGUCGAUAACUCGAUUGGUCAAGUCGUCUCUGCCUUGAAGACCAAGGGAGUCUUUGAUGAUACCCUCAUCAUUGUCGCUUCCAAGCACGGCCAAGCACCAAUUGAUCCCACUCUAUAUAACAAAGUUGACCAAGCUCUUUUGCCUCCUGCGAUCAAGGUCCCAGUCGCAUUCAUCACCACUGAUGAUAUCGGUCUUGUCUUCCUCGUCGAUGCCCGCGACACAGAUGCCGCUGUGGACAAUUUGAACGGCCAACGCGACGCCUUGAAGAUCGACGACAUCAUCUCCGGCGACCGUUUGACCUACCUGGGCUAUGGAGACCCAUCCACCGACCCUGCUGUCCCAAACAUCAUCAUCAAGCCAAAGCUCGGCACGAUCUACACAACCUCCACCUCCAAGAUCGCCGAGCACGGCGGUCUCAGCGACGAUGACCGUAAGGUCGCCUGUUUCGCCAGUGCUACCAACAUAGAGAGGACCGUGUUUAAUCAUCAAGUUUUCACCAAAGAGUUUGCUCCCACGAUCUUGCAGGCACUUGGACUUGACCCUAUGUCGCUCCAAGGUGUUGUUGCUGAAGGUGGGAAGGUUAUUGAUGGAUUCCGUGGGUAAAAUUUGUUGUUCAAUUGUGUUG